AUGGACCAAAACGCAGACAUACACUCCCCAGCAAAAGGCUCUGCCGCUGUUCAAGCAACAAUACCGAGGGAUAACAUCAUAUCCGCUUUAAAGUACGUCCUACGUCUGAAGCAGAAAAAAUAUGCCAGACUCGGAGUCGAAGAACAACUCGCGGCAGAAAGGCCAGGGCCAACCAUGGACUUAUAUAGAAAGAAGAUCGUGGAGAGCAUGAGCGAAAUGAUUGGGACAUCGGAUAUUGACCGGGAUUUGGAGGGUCUGAUGACACUGAACACGACUUUCGAAAACUCGAUUGUGAAAAGACUCAGGGAUAAGUUACAGAUGGAGAUUGAGAAGGAUGUAGUAGAAUUAGAGAAGAUGGUGGUAAAGGCAAUAGAGGCGGAGGAAAUACCGAUUAGUGCAGAAGAAGUAUUGGAAAUGGAGAUGACCGCCGCGCAGAUAUUUGAGAAAUGGGAAUCGAUGGAGCUGGAUGUGGAGCUGCGCAAGAAGCAGGAUGCGUUGAAAGCAAAGAAUCAGAUGGAGAAUGAAAGGAAGAAAUAG